UUGCCCCCAGCCCGGCACGAUGCUGCCCUCGCAGGAGGCCUCCAAGCUCUACCAUGACAACUACAUGCGGAACUCGCGGGCCAUCGGGGUGCUCUGGGCCAUCUUCACCAUCUGCUUCGCCAUCAUCAACGUGGUGGUUUUCAUCCAGCCCUACUGGAUCGGGGACAGCGUCAACACGCCCAAGCCGGGCUACUUCGGCCUCUUCCACUACUGCGUGGGCAACGGGCUGGCCAGCCGCGAGCUCGCCUGCCGCGGCUCCUUCGCCGACUUCAGCACCAUCCCCUCGGGCGCCUUCAAGGCGGCCUCCUUCUUCGUGCUGCUCUCCAUGGUGCUGAUCCUGGGCUGCAUCACCUGCUUCGCGCUCUUCUUCUUCUGCAACACCGCCACGGUCUACAAGAUCUGCGCCUGGAUGCAGCUGCUGGCGGCACUCUGCCUGGUGCUGGGCUGCAUGAUAUUUCCAGAUGGCUGGGAUGCAGAGACUGUCAGGGACAUGUGCGGGGAGAAGACAGGGAAGUACUCGUUGGGCGAUUGUUCUGUGCGCUGGGCCUACAUCCUUGCCAUCAUCGGCAUCCUCAACGCCCUCAUCCUUUCCUUCCUGGCCUUUGUCCUUGGCAACCGGCAGAAUGACCUGCUUCAUGAGGAGCUCAAGACAGAGAACAAAGAUUUUGUUGGCACUGCGAGGAUAUAAUGUAGAGAACAUGCAGAGGGCCCUUAUCUCGCUGGUACCUGGCUCAGACUCUCUCUCUCUCUAUCCUGCCUUCUGUCUGCUGACGAUGGUUCCAUAACGUCAACCUGAAGCCUCAGAAUCUGCCAACCUCUCUGGGGAUUUGCCAACCUUGCCUUGUGUCCAUGCCGGCCCGUCCAUUUCAUGCGACUCACCAGCUUUGGCUCCCUCCUCCUGCUCGGGGGUUGUAGAUGAAGGGAGUUUGAUGCCAAAUCCCCCUGAACCUGCUUCAAGAGGAGCAACAAACUGCAGUUUUGUUUCAAGGAAAAAGACAGAGUUUUUAACAUAUUUCUACAUUCCCAAGAAGCUCUGGAAUUUCCAUGCUCCCUCGGGAGAAUGCUUCCAGCUGAGUUUCCUCCAUAUCAUUUCCUUAUGCAGCUGGUGCAAGCCACAGUCUGUCUGGGACGCCCCCAGGACUCUAGACUCAGCCAAGAACCCUCCCCUGCCCUGUUUUGUACAGCUCCGCUUUUCUGCACUCUGCUGUUGGGGAAACCCAGCACCUGAGACUGGAACGUUUCAUACUUUUAUGUGUAAAUGAAUCUUCUCUGAACAGGGUAAAGUGACUCUGAGUCCCCUGGGAUUCCAGCCACCCUGACUUUGUACUUUAUCUCCAUCCUGCCUGGGAUGGUGGGAGGGGUUGCGGAUUGGCGCUCCCUCCCCACUCCAGACUGUAGGGAUAGAAGGCCUGUCCCCCUAAUCCCCCCCCCCCCCCCCGCUCCCUCUACUCAGAGUGGGCCUCACUGCUUGGCCCAGCCUAUGCGGCUGCCGAGGCAGCUGGCUCACUUCAAGUACUGAAUGUAAACCUCAGCCAGGCCCCCCGUAAGGUGGAACAACUGGAAAUGCAAACCACACCUGGGGUGGGGAUGGGAGUCUUUCCUCCCCUGCUGCUGGAUCUGUUCCCCCUCCGGGGCCCUCUCGUCUCUGGCUGGUGUCAAAUACCAUACGCAACAUAUAUGGUGCUUUUAUCUCCACUGGCAUAAGCAAUGCUGCACCUUGGCAUCUCUCCCUAGGGUCAGCCUUGGAGGAGGGGGCAAUGGAACAGAGGGAGAUGUUCUGUCCUGGAACCCCCUCCACUUCAGGAGCCCUGCCCCACGCUGGCUCCAGCUCCAGGCUGCAGAGGGCUGAGGGACCUGAACGGUCUGUGGCCUUGGGCCAAGUGUCAGGAGAGGCAAAACGCAGCAGGGACUCCCCAUGUCCAGAGAGACAGAAAUCCCUCCCAGUCUGGCUUUCUCGAAGGCUCAGAGCUAGGAGUCCUGAAAGGCAGUGCCCCUUGCAGGGAACGAUGCCAUUUCCUGUCCAUCCUAGAAUCCACCAUCUCAAGGCCUGAGCUGAGGGCUGAGAAGUGGAAGGAGAGUCACACAGAGUAACCAUAGCGACAGCAGCACCCUCCACAGCUCCCCAGACUAGAGCUAGACUUCAGCCCCACACUGCAAGACCAAUGUGCCCACAUCACACCAUCUAGCUGGAGCAGAGCGAGAGGCCCUCUCACACCCCCCCUCCCCUCUUUCCCACGCCCCACACCAAAUCCCACUGGCCAGCUCAGUGUGUCAGGUUUCCUGUGCUUCUCACAGUCCCAUGGGCACAGGCUUUAUAAGCCAACAGCACCAGAAAGCUGCAGGCGUUGGCAAUGCAAUAAAGUUCUAAGCACUAGCACGGAAAGCGUGAAUGCAAAGCUGGAGGCAACCACGAGAUGGUCUCUUCGACCACAGCCUGAAGGUAGAAUAGGAAGGGAAAUCAUCCAAGUCCCCCUGCAGCUAGAAGCUGGACAGGGCACAGGAGGGGGUGCAUGUGUGUGAAAGAGAGAGAAAAGUGCAGGGGAAAGAGCCAGUUAUUAACAGAGAGGCAGCUUGCCAGGGGUGAAAGUAACUUACAGGACUUACUGGUACUGCCGGAGCCCUGAGGUGGGCAUGGCUUCAACUGGAAGAGGCGUGGCCUCUCAAUAUGUAAAGGCCGUGAGGCACCGGCUGUGGCUGGGAGCCCCAGAGCCUUUAAAUCAACCCGGGGCUCCCAGCUGCAGAGGUGGCUGGGGGCUCCGGGACAAAUUAAAGCACCUGGGGCUCCAGCUGCGAUGGAGCCCCGGGCCCUUUAACCCCCCACUGCAGCUCCAGCGGCUGGGCUGGGGCUGGGAUUUAAAGGGCUCUGGGCUCCCUGCAGCCAUGGAAGCUCUGAGCCCUUUAAAUCCCGGCCCCAGUGUGGCUGCCGGAGCUGUGUGUGUGGGGGGGAAUUUAAAGGGCUUACUUUCACCUCUGCAGCUUGCCUAAGAUGGGGAGCAGAACAAGAAGCUGGUAUUUCACUGGGGAAGGGUAGAGGCACAAGGGAGCUGACAGCACUGAAAUCAGGGUCAUGGCUGGGGCAGCUGUUUGGAAGAGAAGGAGGGAACCAAACAAGGAUAUGCAGAGUCUGCAGGGAAGAAAGAAGAAAACAAAGUAAGUUGAUGCUGCCAAAGGAGCUUUCACAAACCCACCUGGGGAAGCAGCUCUCGGCAGAAAGCAGGUUGGUGGUGGAGUUCUGGUGACUCCUGGGGUCAGGCCUAUUUUACCGUUCUCUGAAAGCUCGCUGUACAAUUAGAAGGGAAGAGAUUUGGGCAACUAAGAAGCAACAAAGACUUUGUCAAUCUACAUUGAAUAAGAGGCAGUUAGGAGAUGCUGGGGAGAGGCAAACACAUACAAAGCCAGCCAGUCUGGCUGGGCUGCAGCCCUGGGCACUAAGGCAAAUAGUUGAUUCACUUACUGAAUCACUGAGAAUUUUUCUGAAAAAUCCCAGAGAAAUUGGAAGGUGUGGAGAAGAGAAGAAAAGCAAACGUAGCAGUGAAUUUCCUGACAGGCUGAGUGCAAGCCUGGCAGUUCCUAUCCGACAAGUCUAACCUCUGUUCCACUAAAAUAAUAGCAAAGAUUAAGAAAAAUACACAAACCCUCAAAUAUCUAGAGCAGGGGUUGUCAAACACCCACAGGUCUCUUACUGACACGCUCCUGGUAAGCACCACAUCCAGCACCUUCUCCCCUUCCAUUCACAAUCAGCAUAACGUUGUUGUAGCAAUGACUGCUAUUGCUUAUGCGGAGAAGUCAACAGGAAAAUACUGGUGAAUUUAUAAAUUUCUCUUAAAGCAAUUUAGCUACCAGAACCAAGGAGAUGGUGCCAACACGCAGCAACCAGCCAGUUCUCCACAGAGCAGUUUGGGAACCAGUGACCUAAUGGAUUCUGCAUAUAGGGGGAUACAAAUGACAGCUCGUGUCAGACAAAUGUGAUUGGUUUUGUUGAUUGAAGUGGAGAAGGGGAUACAGUAGCUGUAAUAUAUCUGUAUUUUAGUACAACGUUUGAUACAGUGUUUCACAAAACUUUACUGGAAAAUAUAAUUCAAACUGGAUUGGAUUGGAACCCCAUGGUGUGGUGUGAGACUGACAAUAUGUUUAAUGAGGGGCAGUGCCCAGCAAGGACUGGUAUGAAUCUGGGAUUAUUUACAAAGAGCUCCUAUAUUAAAUUGAGAGAGGAGAGCGUAGUAACUUGGGAGGAGUUGCAAAGACCAACAAGAGCAAAGAACUAAUACGAGGGGUUAUGGAAAGGAUAGAAAUACGGGCAGAUUGCAACAGAGCAAGAAGCAGUCUGUAAGAAUGCAGCUAAUACAUCUGGGGAAAAAUAACUGGAAACAGUUAUUCAGUCAAAGAGAGAGUUGGACAGCAGUAAUGCUGAAAGAGACGGGAGCAAUUGCACAGGAAAAUUUGAAGAGGAGCUUGCAAUGUAAUAUGGUAGGAAAACCCCCCAAAGCCAUGAUCUGGGCUGCAUGUGCAGAGGUGUCAUGGAGCAGAGAGGUGACAGCCCCUGGGUUAAGGCUCCAUAGCAGCAGUCCCCUAGAAUUCUGUUUUCUGCAUCACCACAGACAUAAGGGCAGUCAGAGAGGCAGCCAGUGAUCAAGGUGUGCAUGGAGGGUCUGAUUCAUAAGAGAGAUUAAAGGACCUAAAUCUGCUGAUCUAACAGGGAGGAGGGGAAUAUGCUGAUGGCAGGUAACUGGUAUGCAGAUCCCAAGGGCUGAAGGCACUCCCUUCCUUAGUGUGGCUGUGCAAGGGGGCUGGCGAAGGAGGGCCAUGGCUGGGUGGUCCCUGGUGCUUCCUUGCUGGCACAGUGAGGGCCAGAGGGUGAAGGAAGGGACGCACUCGAAGGCUCAUUUUACUGCGGCGCCAAAGGAGCACGUUCUGCCCUGCCCCUCCCCCAGGAUAGGGAUGCAUGGCCCAGGCCAGGAUGCAUCAGAGGGUGGUUGCUUGAGUGCACACUCAGAAGGAGGGAGAAGAGCUAACACUGGGCAGGCUGAGCCUCCAGCAGGAGGAGCCACCGCAGGACUAGCAGUGGGAACAGCAGGUGGAGCUUCAGAAAAGGGAGGUUCAGGCUUGUUAUCAGGCGAGUCUUGGUGCCCAUCAGAUGUACCAGAGCGUAGGCUUUGCCAUCCCGGGGAAGC